AUGUCAUCCGAGCAGACGGCCGCAUCGACGGCAGUGAUAGCCAGCUGCGCAGGGAGGGGGACUCUUACGACCCUGGUUUCGACUAGCACUGUCUUCACAACCCUACCGACAGUUACAAACACAUUUUAUAAUGACUUUACAUACUCAGAUACACAAAGUAAUGGCUCAGGGGUUUAUACAACACAUGUCCUCAUAACCGUACGACUCCCGUCGAUUCCUACCGAGACAAAAUUUGUGCCAGUUACACAUACAGCAUGCAUAGAUACAGCUCUAAUAGCUUCUACAGCUUCUGCAGCUUCUGCGACUCUUUCGACUCAGCCCACAGUUGUUGCAGCGCCUACCACGACGACAACGUCUCCCGAAUCAAGGCCUGAUCCGCAGCCUGGCAAUCGUAAAACUCUGCUUAUAACAGCCACGGUUAUUAGUGUCAGCGUCAUUCUCAUCCUAGCAACUGCUUUGGGUUUCUGGAUAUGGCGCCGCACCCGAAAGAAGAAGUUGGAGCUUGCAUCUCGCAAUGAGCUCAUGGAGGCAGAAAGCUCCUCAUACUCACCUGGCCGAGGCUUGCACAAGAAGUUUUCCCUUGGCACUACGAUAAAUGACACAGCCUCCACCAGCCCGACGGUGGUAGACUAUGUUGGCUUGAUGCCCUCCGUCUCUCAGAGGAACCUUGUCGGACCUGCCUCGGAUGUUCAAAGUGCCGUUGACACGGAUUGGUCGAAAAUUCGGCCUUCGUCAAUAGCCCUUCGACCAGGGCGCGUACAUGGCGUCAAUAGCCAGUACCGAAGGCCAAACCGAGUCUCUACACGGCGGCCUUCUCAAAGUCGCCAUCCAUACAUUUCCAAUUACGAUCCAUCAUACUCUCGACAUCGCUCAGAAGUUGUGCCGCAAAUUCCCACAGCUGAGAGUUACACGUCACGAGGUACCAGCGCAUUUCUGCGGCCAACAGAGGCUAUACGAGGGCAGAAUGGAGAAUUCUCUUAUGGCCCAUCUCAAGAGCAUAUUCUAUUGCCGACGGUGUACUCUCCAGAUUCGGCCAGAUUAGCCGUGCCAAUGCAUGAAAGGGACGACGACAGACCUCCGUGCCAGCCAGACCAUUCCCAGCCAGACCCAGACUAUCAUUUUCCGAGUUCGCCUAGUCGUGAGCGGGUGUGGGCAGAGGCGUUGCAGAGACUCGAGGGCAUUCAUCGACGCCGUCCUGUUGACUUCACGCGGGAUCCGACAGGUGACAGCCAAGUUACAGAAACUCGGGAUGACUUUAAUCGCCACCACAUCGAAGGGUCAGCAAUGAGCGAUGAGAGAGAUUACGAAACGAUUAUGUAUGAAUCCGAGGGCGAAAGCAGGGCUCGGUCAUUGAGGGAGCCAGGGAGGGAUAAUACCGACGAGAGUGUUUUCAGUUUGGAUGCGGUGGUGAGAAGAAUUGCCAACGAACCGCCCAGAGAGAGGGGUAGGAGGUAGACUUCAUGGAAGCAGAUUCAAUGGCAGCGUAAUAGGAGAUGAAUUCUGGGCGAUGAAUGCAGGGAAUUUUUGGCAGCUUUGGUUUACACUCAGAAUUAGAAUGGCAGUUUCUUUUGAUGCUUGCCCAUGUGGAUUAUUUUUAAUUGUCCUUGCACGGAAACUUGGGG